AUGCUGGCCUGUCUGCCAGGACCAGGUGACCUCUCCUUUCAGCUUCUUUCUUACACGCAGAUGAACACUGGACUUCAGAAAUGGGACACUACACAGAAAAUGAGAUCUGCACAGUAUCCUACCCCAGCAGAAUUGGAUGCUUAUGCUAAGAAGGUCGCCAACAAUCCACUGACUAUAAAGAUUUUCCCAAACAGCGUCAAGGUUCCCCAGAGGAAACACAUUCGCCGUACUGUGAACGGACUUGAUACUUCGGGCCAGAGGUACAGUCCCUACCCAUCCCAGGCCACCACCAAGACAGGCCUGCUGGCGAUAGUCAAAUCCCCAGCGAAAGGAAUUGUCAAGGACUUUGACGGGACGCGCGCACGCCUGCUGCCAGAGGCGAUGAUGAACCCCCCUGCCACGCCGUACGUUGCACCUAGCACUUUAACCCACCCCCAGGCGCUUGCUCGCCAGCAGGCUCUCCAGCAUGCACAGACUUUGCCGCACCCCCAGAGCAUCCCACAGCCACAGACUCUGCAGCACCCUCAGGGGAUCCCACAGCCACAAAGCUUACCACACCCUCAGGGGAUACCGCAGCCGCAGGCGCUGCCGCACCCUCAGAAUAUGCAGCAGCCGCAGGGCUUGCAGCAUCCUCAGACCAUGGCACACCAGACUCUGCAGCACCCCCCGAAUCCUUUGCUGCAGCCAGGUUUACAUGGAAGCAGAAAGAUGCCGGAUGCAGACGCGCCGCCGAAUGUGACCGUGUCUACCUCAACCAUUCCCCUCUCUAUGGCUGCCACCCUGCAGCAGAACCAGCCACCAGACCUGAGCAGCAUUGUGCACCAGAUUAACCAGUUCUGCCAGGCCAGAGCUGGCAUUAGCACUACCUCAGUGUGCGAGGGACAGAUUGCAAACCCCAGCCCUAUAAGUCGUAACCUGCUUAUCAAUGCAAGUACCAGGGUAUCUACUCACAAUGUCCCUACACCCAUGCCUUCCUGUGUAGUAAACCCUGUCGACCAUGCUGCUGCUAUUCCUUCUGCCUCUGUUAAUGUGCCCAUGGUGAAUAUCAACAGGGUGCCACCUGCCUACCAGAACGAAAUCAAACCGGUCGCCUGGAACCAGCACCAGCUCGCACAUCUGCAGCAGAUGUGUGGGGAUGCUGCUGGGCCUGCUGGACUUGCAGGGAAGCACCCUCAGAGAGAGAUUGCAGGGCAGAAUUUUUCUGGCAAAACUUCAAACUACCCUCAAGAACUGUGCAUGGGCCAGUCCUUCAGCUUGAAGCCCCCCAUCGAGAAACCCACACCUUCUCCACCCGUGAAUGGUUUGCAGGGACCCUUGCCAUACACCAACGGGCACUAUUUCCAGCCCAUCUGGAAUAACAUUCUGCCCACACCCAACAGUGACAGCUCUGGGUCCCAGGACCUCGCCAUGCCUUUCCAUGGGGGACAGCCAGCAGGAGCACCACUAGAUUGUGCAGGAGGAACUCAUUACAGAGCUGGAGCUGGUCCAUCCAGCCAGAAUAAUGUGAUGCAGACCAUGGAUUACCUAAGUGGGGACUUCCAGCAGUCCUGCUUCAGAGAUCAGAGCAUGGCCGUGCUGGGAAAAGUCCAUCGGCCUCCCAUGAACCGAGCACCUGAACCAACCGAUAGUCGAAAUCUUCAUAUUCAACACCCAGGGUAUAGAUAGGCUGCAGUCACUUUCACAGACAAAAAGACAAAAAAAAACAACAAAAACCAACAAAACACAUAAAAAAACAAACCAACAUUAAAAAAAAAUAGGUUUAGUCUUAAUUUUAAUUAAUAAGCAAGGCAUUUUUAACUUGCAAACUUGUGUGAUCAUUAUAGUAACCAUUGGAAGACAACAUCCUGUAUAUUGGAAAGCUUUGCUUACAUGUUAUCUGUCUCCUUUGUGCAUCAAAUAUUUAACAUGCCUUCUGUGUCAAAGAAUUUCAUUACACUACUUCACGCCACAGCUAUUUCCUCACCACAGAAUCCCCCUUUGUGCAGCUUUUGCCUUCUGCUUCGUAGCUCCUUGCUGGACUGAUGUUGAGUUGCUGCAGGGUUUCGCAUCUGUUCGCCGGCUCUGUCAAGAGCGAGGUAGCGUAGCUGCUUACAUUUCCAUCUCAAUUUCCUCUGAAGAUUAAGAGCACCAGAAUUUGUCAGGAAGCAGGGCUUAUUUUCAACUCGAAAGCCCAUUUCAUUAAUGCAUUAAACAUUGACCAUUUGCACUGUCUAGAGGCCUAUUUAAUUGAAAAAGAAGCCUACGUCUGAGAAGAGCUAGCUGGGGGUAUGUGUUUAGACAUUAAUAAGAGGGAAGCAUUUCAGCUGUUUCUUGCUGAGAUGCCUGCAUUUAUCAUUUAGACUUUGUCCAAAGUCAAAAGUCUCUUGCAGA